AUGUCCUCUUGCAGGAACUGCACCUCUAUGGCAGGCAGCAGCUUCAGGCAGAGUCUGCAGAUGACUUUGGGACACAGGAGACGCAAGAGGAGCAGUUGGUGUCGACAUUAUGAAACAUGCAAGAUGGGUAUGAUGAGGGAGGACGUGAAGGAGCUCUCAAGAUUCUCACAAAUGGAAUACGAUAAGCCAUCCCAUAAGCCUAACUCGAAACUCACAAAAGUCUUGAAGAACCAUCGUUUGAUGGUGAUGUUGAUGAAAGCUAUUUCGCCCCUGGGUCCCCAUUAUCGGAAAUGGCGCGAGCUUUCUGUCCGUUGGCUGGAGCAAGCCAUGAAGGUGAUCAUGGGGAUGUAUGUGUUCUACAUGGCAGAGAGCAGCAACUUGUUUCUGAAAUUGGCAUCAAAGGACAAAGAUAUCCCGAUGUAUCAUGAAGUCAUGUUGUUGGUGGUGCAGUCUCAUAUAGAUGAAUGGGCACAGACAGCCUUGACACUGUUGACCGAAAAGAUCAGAGCAGGUGAAGACAGUGACAUGACAAUAUUCAUUUCUGUCUUCGAUGAGAUUGACAAGCUUGCCAUCCAAUGUUUUGACACUUACGAGGAAUGCAUCAGUGACGACGACGACGAUUAUGUGUCCGCACUCAUGAAUUAUCAAAACGACCUCACGAAUAUCCUUGAAAAGGAGUGGCUGGUGGUGACAAAACAUUCAAAGCAGGAACUUGUGUGGCUGGACAAGGCGACGCUGCCAAUGUCGGAUCUCGCACGGGAAACCCAACAACUCGAUGCGGGAGUCAAUGCUGUGAAGAUCGGGAUUGGCAAAAUCAAUAUACUCCAUGUACAACGACAGGCUGUUGAACAAAAUGCAAGUAAACAAAAUGAUCACUUCAUUCGACAACUACAGCAUGCAGUGGAUGACGGAGGCCAACGCGCUGCCUAUCGUUAUUGA